AUGUUAAUUGGGCCUCAAAUCGUCACCAACAUAGUUUCCCUAGUUAUCAAGAUUAGGGAAAGGUUGUUAACGGCUCAAAAAAAGCAGAUGAGCUAUGCAAAUAAGAAGCGUCAGGAUAUCACCUUCAACAAAGGUGACCAUGUGUUUCUCAAGGUAUCUCCCUACAAAGGAGUCAUCAGGUUCGGAAAGAAAGGGAAGUUGAAUCCCAGAUAUAUAGGGCCUUUUAAAAUUCUUGAGACAGUUGGUGAGGUUGCUUAUAGAUUAGUAUUACCUCCUAGCCUUGCUGCUGUUCACAAUGUCUUCCAUAUCUCCAACUCAAGGAAGUACAUUCCUAAUGCCAGCCAUGUAAUUCAUUAUGAAGAGGUACAGUUAACAAAGGACCUGUCAUAUGAAGAGCGACCAACCCAAAUCUUGGCCAGGCAAACCAGGAAGCUAAGGAAUAAGGAGGCAAAUAUGGUCAAGGUGCUUUGGCACAACAGUUCAAUAAAAGAAACAAACUGGGAAGUAGAAUAG